GGAAUUGUCAAGCUGGGCAACAGUUAAACAGCUUCCGUGAGAGUUCAGCUGGCGUCAGAGAUUUUACUGGAGUGGCUCUGAAGAGUGAGGGAUACUCUUCAUUUAGUUGGGGUGGAUUUAGACUCUUUGUGUGUGUAUGUCAGCAAAGGGAUUGGUGGUACCUUUGGAGCACUGAAACCCUUCCUUACAUGCCUAUAAAAGCUGCAAGCUCCUUGGAUUUGACCUACAGUGUCUUGAAUCCCAGGUUAUUGUUUUUUAAACAUUGCUGCAUUAUGCCAAACAGGGAGAAGACUUUCCCCCUUAAGCCUGUUGGUAACUGUAGUUGCUGCUGGAAGGUUCCAUGUACCGUUACUUGGAAGAAGAUGGGGAAAGGUUACAAGGUGGUGGUGUGUGGAAUGGCUUCUGUUGGAAAAACUGCUAUUUUGGAACAGAUUCUGUACAGUAACCACAUUGUUGGCAUGGAAUGUAAUGCAACUGUAGAAGACAUAUAUGUGGCUCUAGCUGAAACUGAUCGAGGAGUAAAGGAACAACUACGUCUGUAUGACACCAAAGGGGUGGAAAGAGUCGAACAGUUCCCCAGACAUUACUUCUCGAUUGCUGAUGGCUUUGUUUUGGUGUAUGCUGUGAAUAGCCUGGAAUCCUUCCAGAAAGUUGACCAGCUCAAAAGCGAAAUUGACAAGCUUAGAGACAAAAAAGAGGUGUCAAUAAUGGUUUUGGGGAAUAAAACUGACCUUGUGGAGCAGAGACAAGUCACGACUGAAGAGGCACAGCAGUGGGCCAAGCUUGAGAAAGUGAAACUCUGGGAAGUGAUGGUGACAGACAGGAGGACGCUGAUGGAGCCUUUCACCAUGCUAGCAAGUAAACUCUCUCAGUCCCAGAACAAAUCAGCUUUUCCUUUGCCUGGCAGGAAGAGCAAAGGCAAUAAUGGAGACAGCUAAAAUAGGCCUCCAGGAAUGAACUUUGUUCGUUUCUGUCUCCUGCUGGGACCCAGGUUCAGCUCUCUCCUUUGCACCUCAUGCAGGAUAGCAGAAUACUUGACAAUGAAGGUGGUAAAUGGCAGGCAGCUUUCUUUGUUUCUUCUAAAGCUGUAGAGCAGCUUCAGACAUCAGUAGCAAGAUGGCCUCCAAAAUCACUACAUAAAAACAAUGAAACAAU